CAAGGAUUCAUCGUGGGUGCUGUACGAACAAGGAAACCAAACCAACUUAGCUACCGUAAUGGGCUUUCUAUCAUUAGGCGGGGCCAGUGGGAUAGGAGCCGAAUCCGCGAGGUUGUUCACUGACCACGGAGCUAAAGUGGUUAUAGUUGACGUACAAGAAGAGCUAGGCCAAAACGUGGCCAUUUCAAUCGGCAAAGACAAAGCAAGUUUUUACCGUUGCGAUGUUACAAACGAAACGGAAGUAGAGAACGCCGUUAAGUUCACCAUCGAAAAACAUGGGAAGCUUGACGUUCUGUUUAGUAACGCCGGCGUCGUUCUUUUCAGCAAACCCGGCGUCUUGGAAACGCCGGGAAGCAUUCUUGAUUUGAAUCUUGAACGGUUUGACCGAACAAUGGCGGUCAACGUUCGUGGAGCGGCUGUGUUUAUCAAACAUGCGGCACGAGCCAUGGUGGAGAAAGGCACGCGUGGCUCCAUCGUUUGUACGACCAGCGUAACGUCGGAGAUUGGUGGUCAGGGACCUCAUGAAUACACGACGUCGAAGCAUGGGCUUGUCGGGCUGAUUAAAUCGGUUUGUGGCGAUUUAGGGAAACAUGGGAUUAGAAUUAACGGCGUCGCACCGUUCGCGGUGGCGACGGGGAUGACUAGUCACGACGAGGAGACGGCGAAGCAGACGGAGGAGUAUUGCGAAGCUAAAGGGAUUCUUAAAGGUGUUGUGUUGAAGGCUCGACACGUGGCAGAGGCUGCUCUAUUGGAUGGCAAAAUCGUAAUUAUUACUGGCGGAGCAAGCGGCAUUGGGGCUGAGUCCGUUCGGUUAUUUACCGAACACGGCGCUCGAGUCGUGAUCGUUGACGUACAAGACGAGCUUGGUCAAAACGUUGCCGUUUCUGUCGGAGAAGACAAAGCGAGUUACUAUCAUUGCGAUGUCACGAACGAGACGGAAGUUGAAAACGCCGUUAAGUUCACCGUAGAAAAAUAUGGGAAGCUUGACGUUCUGUUUAGUAACGCCGGCGUUAUAGAGCCGUUUGUGAGCAUCCUCGAUUUAAAUCUCAACGAGUUAGACCGAACUGUCGCCGUUAACAUCCGCGGUGCAGCUGCAUUCAUCAAGCAUGCGGCACGUGCCAUGGUGGAGAAAGGCACCCGCGGCUCCAUCAUUUGCACCACUAGCGUCGCGGCUGAGAUCUCCGGCACGGCACCACACGGGUACACGGCGUCGAAGCAUGGGCUGUUGGGUUUGAUCAAAUCGGCUUCUGGUGGAUUAGGAAAAUAUGGGAUAAGAGUAAACGGUGUUGCUCCGUUUGGUGUCGCAACACCGUUAGUUUGUAAUGGUUUCAAGAUGGAGCCAAACGUGGUGGAGGAGAACACGUCAGCGUCAGCGAAUCUAAAGGGCAUUGUAUUGAAAGCUCGUCACGUGGCAGAAGCUGCUCUGUUUUUAGCAUCCGAUGAGUCGGCUUACGUUAGCGGACAGAACCUGGCCGUUGACGGUGGCGGAGCUAGCGGGAUUGGAGCCGAAGCGGUUAGGCUGUUCACGGACCACGGAGCUAAGGUGGUCAUCGUUGACUUUCAAGAAGAGCUUGGUCAAAACGUCGCCGUUUCUGUCGGGAAAGACAAAGCAUGUUUUUACCGUUGCGAUGUUACAAACGAAACAGAGGUAGAGAACGCCGUUAAGUUCACCGUCGAGAAAUACGGAAAGCUAGACGUUCUGUUUAGUAACGCCGGCGUUAUGGAACAGCCGGGAAGCUUUCUCGACUUGAAUCUUGAACAGUUUGACCGAACCAUGGCGGUCAACGUUCGUGGUGCAGCUGCGUUUAUCAAACACGCGGCACGAGCCAUGGUAGAGAAAGGCACGCGUGGGUCAAUCGUAUGUACGACCAGCGUCGCAUCGGAGAUCGGUGGUCCGGGUCCUCACGCGUACACAGCGUCUAAGCACGCUCUUCUCGGGCUUAUAAAAUCGGCUUGUGGCGGGCUGGGGAAGUACGGGAUUAGAGUCAACGGCGUUGCACCGUACGCGGUGGCGACGGCGAUAAAUAGCCGUGACGAGGAAACGAUGAGGAUGGUGGAGGAAUAUAGCACCGCCACGGGGAUUCUCAAGGGCGUGGUGCUUAAGGCUCGCCAUGUGGCUGAGGCGGCUUUGUUUCUGGCUUCGGAUGAUUCGGCUUACGUUAGCGGCCAGAAUCUGGCUGUUGACGGUGGUUACACCGUCGUUAAGCCCAUGUGAAGGAAAAAAUAUUCUAAGUUCUUGAACUCCUUUGCUCUAAUGCUAUUAAUAAAUGGUACGAUGAAUG